GCCACGGGCAGACAUGGCGGGGCAGAUAGCUGUGCUGGGCUCUGCUGUGCUGGCCCUGCUCUUGGCCAGCUACCUGGCACAGCAGUACCUGCCCAUGCCCACGCCCAGGGUGAUUGGGAUCGACCUGGGCACCACCUACUGCUCCGUGGGCGUGUUCCUGCCGGGCAGCGGGGCUGUGAAAGUCAUCCUGGACGAGAGUGGCCACAGCAGCAUCCCCAGCGUGGUCUCCUUCACGGACACGGGCGUGCACGUGGGCUACCAGGGCCUGGAGCUGGCUGAUGCCAACCCCCAGAACACCAUCUACGAUGCCAAGAGGUUCAUUGGGAAAGUCUUCACUCCAGAGGAGCUGCAGAGUGAAAGCAGCAGGUAUCCCUUUAAGAUUGUCAACAAGAAUGGAUUAGCUGAAUUUUCUGUGACAACUAAUGAAACCUUUCACAUCACUCCAGAGCGCAUUGGCUCUAAGCUGCUGCUGAAACUGAAGAAAAUGGCAGAAGCCAACCUUGGCAUGUCCAUUUCCAAGGCAGUCAUCUCCGUGCCUGCGGAGUUUGAUGAAAGGCAGAGGAAUUCUACCAUUGAGGCAGCUAACCUUGCAGGGCUCAGCGUUCUGCGAGUAAUCAACGAGCCCACAGCUGCUGCUAUGGCUUAUGGGCUGCACAAAGCUGAUGUCUUUAAUGUCCUGGUGGUGGAUCUGGGUGGAGGAACUUUGGAUGUGUCUCUUCUGAACAAGAUGGGAGGGAUGUUCAUCACACGAGCCAUGGCAGGUAACAACAAGCUGGGAGGACAGGAUUUCAACCAGAGGUUGAUGGUGUAUUUGUAUGAUCAGCUCCGUCAAAGGUUUGAUUCCCUGCCCACGCAGAAGGAGGAGAUUCACCGCAUCAGGCAGGCUGUGGAAGCUGCCAAAUUAAACCUGACUGUCCAUGAGGCAGCUACACUGAGGGUGCUGCUGACUCUGCCAGCAAACCAGCUGACAAGAGAACUUGCAAAAAGCCAGGUAAAAGCAAACAGUGCCUCACAGAACACAGAAGGCCUGAAAAAUCUUGGAGACGCUUCCAAAGUAGAGGGCAACUUUGUGGAAGUCGUGUUUGAAACAGAAAUCUCUCGGAAGCUGUUUGAGAUGUUAAAUGAGGACCUUUUUGAGAAGAUCCUUGUGCCCAUUGAACAGGUGUUGCUGGAAGGGCACCUGCACAAGGCUGAAGUGGAUGAAAUUGUGUUAGUGGGAGGCUCCACACGGAUUCCCAAAAUACGUGAAGUUAUUCGGGACUUCUUUGGGAAGGAACCCAACACCUCUGUGGAUCCUGACCUGGCAGUGGUGACAGGUGUAGCCAUCCAAGCAGGAAUUCUUGCUGGGUCCUGGCCUCUCCAAGUCAGUGCUAUAGAAAUCCCCAACAAACAUUUACGGAAGACUAAUUUUAACUGAAGAGAAACUCUCCUCAGUUGCAUUCCAGCUCUCCAAAAGGAUCCAUACUUAUCUGACUGGCAAUGGAACCUGAUCUUAGCUUCAUUCUAUUCAAUUUUCACCUGUUCCCAUUAGGUGUUACUGGACACCUACCUGUGCUAAAGCUUGAUGUUACUUUAAAGGUACAAACGAGUUCUGAAGUGUGCUGUGUUUACUUGGAGAGGGGAUAUUGGAUGAAAAUGCCAGUGAUGACACACCCACAUUUUCUUGCUAAAUUUUAUUAGCAAAUCCUGGAGUGGUGUGUAUUCAAAGUAUCAAGGGAGUGUGACCAAAGGUUUGAGAUGAUGUGGUACUGAGGUAUUCCUGGGUCCAGUGUAUUUCCUUGGAAGGACUGUGAAGCAGCAUUAAUGCACAGAGCACUGGCAGUGUUCAGCUUACACUUAUUUAUCAGACUGAGCCAUUUGAGCAUUUAGGCACCUUUCCUAAAGGCAUCUUGCAGCUUAAAUGAGACUGAGGCAUUCACUUGAUUCUUCUGCUGUUCAUAACAGCAUAAUGGUAUGCUGAGGCUCCAUGGCAAAUUGUCCCAUGAUUAGGAAACCUUACUGAAAACGUGGCUCUUGCCAGUGCAGUUUCUUGGUCUCCAAGGGCUUCAUUCCUGACCUGGCUGUGAUGGUUAAACACAGGUGCUGAUGUUCUCCACAGAGAACGAGGGUAUAUUGCCAAAUAUUCAUACCUGCCCCUGCCUUACUUUAAAACUACAGUGAUUUUAUGAAUCUUGAAGCCACACUUGCCUGUCUUCCCUUGAAUUUGACCAACAUGAAUUUCAUCAUUCUGCAUUUCCAAGUGUGUGACAUCUUCUCUGUGAAGCGCCCCAAGCCAUACUGUCCUUGUGGAGAAAGUGUGGGACAGAAGGGAUGGCCUGGAUCAAAUGUAAUUCCUGUAGCCUUAGUAAAUGAAAAUUGACCCAA